UUAGACAAAACGGCACACAAUUAGCUCAUUAUAUCCUAAACUCAGUUGACAGUCAAGGUGAUGCGAAAUUUGUUGUAGGUCAAAAAAAUUAUUUCAUGAUUUUUAAUAGCUAAACUAAGUUUUUGGAAGGAAUAAACAGUAUUAUAAUGAAUCAAGCAUUCACUCCACUUUUUGAGCCAAAUAUUUUUAAUAUUGGGCAAGAUGAGGCUGAAUACUUGGAAUUAGGAACUAUAACUAGCUCCAACAUAUCGUGUGGAAUCACAACUGUAAAGUUUGAUACCAAUGAGGAGUUAGUAUGGACUGGAAAUCAAUCUGGCUAUGUCACAAGUUAUUAUGGGAACUCAAUGCAAAAGUACACAUCAUUCCGUGUACAUCAGACUGAGAUUGUCAAUCAAAUUGAGACAACAUCUGAUGGAAUUUAUGCUCUAACAAGUUCCUCUUUAAGACAUCAAAUAAGACGUGGAAUUCCAAAAUUUACUCAUCGUUCAAAAAACUUGACUGAUGCACUUUGCAUGUACAGCCUGUCACCGACACGACUUUUACUAGCUGGACAUCAAGCAAACAUAAUUGAUUUUGAUCCUACAACACAAACUGAGCAAGCUAUUGUUGAUGCAGGAGAUCACGGCUGUGCAAUUAUACGUAAAUAUGAUCAUUCGCGGUUCCUUUGUUGUGGUGAUGUUCGUGGUUUUAUAUCAUUAAGAGACCCGUUGACACUUCACGAGGAGCAAAGACUCUCGACACAUUCAGCUUCCUUAAAUGACUUUGACGUUCAAGGAAAUUAUUUGAUCUCAUGCGGCUUAAGUGACUUAAACGGAAAAUUAACAGUUGAUAGAUUUUUAAUGGUCUAUGACAUGCGAAUGUUACGACUCGUCUCACCGAUUCAAGUGUUAAUUGAUCCCACCUUAUUACGUUUCCUUCCGUCAUUUGUAUCUCGUGUUGCAAUUGUCUCACCACUAGGGCAGCUUCAAUUAGUCGAUACAGUAGAACUGACUCAACCAAGAGUAUGCAUGUAUCAAAUUAAUGUGGCAUCACAAUGCAUGUCAUUUGAUAUUUCGUCAUCCAACCAAACAAUGGCAUUCGGUGAUAAUUCAGGACAAUUGAGUCUCAUUUCUUCAAUAACGUCGCCUGAACCACAAUUCAAUAACUUUUCUCGUGACACUGAAUUUGCUGAUACACCGGAGCCACUUCCAUUUGUAUCCAUUACAGAUAUCAAUUUUCCAUUAGCAUCGAUUCUUUUGCCACAGCUUCAAAGUGGACGAUGGUCGAGUGAUUUACCUAAGCAAAUGUGUGAAUAUAAAUAUCGGCGACCGAAGCCAAUAGAACCGAUUAUUUUGAAUACAAUGAAGCAACAAGGAACAAUAAGCUAUGCAUCGAAUCCUCGAACAACUCGAAGGAAUCAAAUUCCAUAUUUAAUGGACAGUGAAUCACUUUAUGAUGAUCCAGAAAUAUCUGCAAGUACAUCCAUUUCUAUAACAUCAUCAUUGUCAUCAAUUCCAAAGCAUUAUCAGAAAUUGGAAGUAAAGUAUAAAGGAACAAUAGACUUUGAUUUUACAGAAUAUAAUCAAACUGAGUUUUGUGGACUCGAAAAUUUACUUCCUAAUGCAUAUUGUAAUGGAAUGUUGCAAGUUCUCUUCUUCUUUUAUCCAUUAAGAGAGGCACUUGUUACUCAUACAUGCUCAAAAGAAUUUUGUCUUAGUUGUGAGCUUGGAUUUUUAUUCCACAUGUUAAAAUAUAAUAAAAGUAAGCAGCCAUGCCAAGCUAGCAAUUUUUUGAGAUCAUUCCGAACAGUUCCUGAAGUUGCUGCCUUAGGACUUGUCAUAAGUGACAGAAAUCCUAACAGAAACAUUAAUCUUAUUCGUCUCAUUCAAAAUUGGAAUCGAUUUAUAUUACAUCAAGUUCACAAUGAAUUGCUCGAUGCGAGUAUGAAGAACAGCAUAUCCACACAGUCUGUAGAUAUUUCAAAGUUAAUCUCGUCUGUUAGUAAGCGUUUAGAAGAAGCAUCGCUAGCUGAAGACCAUCCUGAGGAGGAUAAAGCACAAGCAGAAAUAGAACAAGAUAAAUAUCAGUUCCUUGAAGCUGAAAAGAAAGAAGACGGAGAGACCAACAAUGGAUCAGAAAUAACGGAUGUAAGUUCAUUAUUCGGUAUCAAGCAACGGGUCAUCCAUCGAUGUCUUAAAUGUAAUGAGAAAAAGGUGAAAAAUAAUGUUGUACUCGUAUGCAAUUUGAUCUAUCCAGUCAACAACGCUCAACACGAGAAUGGUGAUUUCAUUAAAAUUUUAAAGGAUUCACUGAACGUCGAAAAGACCCUCUCAGCAUGGUGUGAUCCAUGUAAUCGAUUUAGUCCACAUAAUCAUUGUGCAGGAGUAUCAGAAUUACCAAACAUGCUCGCAAUAAACUGCGGACUCGAUAAUGAAAAGGAAUUGGAAUAUCUGAAAAGGCACUUAAAUCAACUCAGUCACGAGUUCAAUCAGAGUCCAAUCAAUGAGACUGAAAAUGCGAUUAAGAAGCAGUGUCGUUAUGGAAUUAAAUGUACGCGAACAGAUUGUCAUUUCUCACAUCCCCAACGUCAAACGACAACAAGUGAAUCAUCAUCGUCGAAUGGUACAAUUGGAAAAUCAUCUGACCGUUGGUUCCCAACAAGCUUUACAAUCUCAAUUGACUGUGAGAACAAUUCGAUCAAUGAAAGCACAAGCGAUGCAGUCGAACAUAAAUCAUCUCAAGAGUACAGCUUACAAGCUGCCGUUUACUGUAUUGAUAAUGGCCAACAGAAGAAUUUAAUCUCAUUCAUUUUGAGAAAUAGUCAAUGGUACAUUUUUAAUGACUUUUGCAUCAGAAAAGUUCAAGAGGAUGAAGUGCUAUCGGUCAUUCUCGAAUGGAAAGUCCCUACUGUCCUGUUUUACAAGAAUAAGAAUUAUGAAUGGACUGAACCUGAACAUUCAAUAUACGAGAGUCCAUUCGUAAGUAAUUUACUGCUGGAAGAGAUGCCUUUGGCUAAUUAUGAUGUUGACUCAAAGAACUUUCUGCCGCUGACUAAGGAUGAAAUUCCAAAACAAGGUGAUAUUGUAGCAAUGGAUGCUGAAUUUGUAACGCUAAAUCCUGAAGAGUCGGAAAUUAGUUCGGAUGGAAAAAUGACAACAUUUAAACCGAGAAUUGCUAGUGUUGCGAGAAUCAGCUGCAUAAGAGGACCCAGCAACGAGAAAGAAGGAACUGCCUUCAUUGAUGACUACAUUUUAACCCAAGAGCAAGUGUCAGAUUACUUGACAAAAUUCUCGGGAAUUAAGCCGGGCGACCUCGACGCCAACUUGAGUAAUAAACGUCUCACAACAUUGAAAAGAUCUUAUCAGAAGCUGAGAUACUUAGUCGAUAGUGGAGUAAUUUUCGUUGGACAUGGAUUGAAGAAUGAUUUUCGUGUAAUUAAUCUACACGUUCCAUCAAAGCAAAUCAUUGACACAGUUUAUCUCUUCCACAUUCCGCAUCACCGAAUGAUUUCAUUAAAAUUCCUCGCAUGGCACUUUUUGGGCAUUAAUAUUCAGUCAGAGACACAUGACUCGAUCGAGGAUGCAAGGACAUCAUUACAACUUUAUAAACAUUAUUUAAAGUUACAAGCUGAGGAUAUUGUCAAUUCAACACUCAAUAAUUUAUAUGACAUUGGGAAGCAGCUACAGUGGAAAGUUCCAGAAUAAAGGAUGAUGGAUAUAAAUUAUAAUUUAAAAACUUUUCAUUUCAUAAGCGCAUGUUGCAUUUGUAUUAUUUAUUCGCAUAAUCAUUAAAGGAAUAAAAAGAUUGC